AUGAUAAUAAAAUUAGAAGUAUUCCGAGCUAUGAAACAUGUCGGCUGGAAAGCAUUUCAAGUUUAUUUCCAAGACUGUACUGGUUAAAAACAAUGACAUUGACACUGCCUUACUCCUCCUGCACAGGAUAAUGAGGGAGGAUAAAGUGACACAACAGAUAAGACACCGAAUGAACGGUUAUGAGCCGCCAUGGAUGAAAAGACAGAGACUGAGUUACGAAAGAUGUAAACGUCUAUACACAGCAGAAAUGGAGAGGAAAGUAAAACUUGUGUUAAAAAAGAACCGACCGAAUCCUUGGCUACGGUGACAUGUGUCCAGUGUUGAUCUUUAACUUAGCAAGCUAUAGAAGGAAUCCCUGGCCUUGUUCAGUGAUUUUGACAAAUGCUUGGGAUGAAUGAGGUAGCACAGUACAGAAGAUGCAUCGCCAUUGUGAGGAAUGAAUUAUGAAAAGAAACAUUGUAAACAUGAUUGCCAUUAAAGGAAUAUUUGCUGUGUGUAGGAUGAUUUGUAAGAAGAUAUGCAUGUAAAAUUAAAUCAUAUAUACAAGACA